AUGGGCAACUGCAUCAGCCUUAAAAAGAAGAAGGAUGUGACGCGAGAGCAUCCAACAGUGAGCAAGUGGCUUGCUAGUUGCGACUUUUCUUCGGUACCGGAAAUUGAUGAUUUUUCUGUUGAAGAGCAAUCACAAAGUCGUAUGGUCUAUGAGAGUGUGCUUGGAGAGGAAAACACGGCGGGUGACUACGACGGCUACAUAACUGCUCUAGAGAAUCUCGAAAGUGAGGAUGAGCGAAGUAGAGAGCAGAUCGGUCUCAACGCACCAUCGUCUUCGGCUGGAACACAACAUCAAGUUGAUUCCUGCACCUUUGUUGACGACGAGAGUGUUUAUGAGACGUCGGACGAACACAUACCUAACGACCCAGAUCCUCUAGAGACCCCUAUGUUUUCUGCACGGUUUACACCAAAUGAUGAUCGAGCGAAUGAAGAAGAGGAAUGUGAUGUGGUUGAAGAAUUUGCAGAGUGGAAAACAAACUACGAUGCUAGACCGAUUUGUCCCCUUCCGACCCCAUUUCGAAAGAAUCUCAUCUCUCCUCGUGUGGAUCUCGAAACUUUGGUGGAUCGAAGGGGCAAGGUACGACGAACAGAACGUGUGAAACUCUACUUAGAUGAGAAACGUCAGAAUGCCCAGCGUUUGUGA